GGCAAAGUCAAAUCCGUGGGCGCCGUCAGUUGUUGUGCCAGCGUGUACGAGUGCGGACUGUGCACGCUCCCCCACACAUCCGAGAGAUACAAUUCAGAGAUAUUUUUAAUUACAAUUCUCAACACGAAGACACUUUUGAACAUUUUUCAAAAACAAAACGUUUUCCAAUUCUCUCGCGCUCUGGCUGUAAUUUUUUGUUCGAUUUUUUUUUAGUUGGUUAGUUUUUGGUGUGUCAUCGAUCAAGAUCGUCUCUUUGAAAUCGCAUUUAAACUCAGAGUCGCGAAGGUCUUGGCAUCGCGAUCGUUUAGUGUCGUAAUCUUCGCCGUGUUGGACAAAAUAAUAUCUUUUCUCGAAAUUCUGAGUGACAAGCCACUUUCGAGCGACAGUUUUUUGAUUUUUUGGCAAACAUUUAUGACGAAGUGGAUGUGAACAUAUCGAGUCCAGACAAUCAUGAACAUCGCAAAGGCGGAAAGUUGCUAAGUUGCAAUGUUGGCUGGUGGCAGUGGCGGCGAAGGCACCAACUUUGGCAGCAACACCAUCUCGGCCCGGCAGGGAACCUCAAAGCGACCCCCCAAGGCCGCCAAAAGCGGUAUGACGGCCGGCACCAGCACCAGCACCAGCACCCGGACCUGUCCAGGUGGCAGCAACAAGGGAGGCGGCAACAACACGACUGCAAGUGGCACCAGCACUGGAGCCAUGACAACCGUGACAGCGGCAACGACAACCGGUAAGGCGACCGUCAGCCAUGGUCACGGUCGCCACAGGAGUGGACGAAGUGGUACAGCAACCGGAACAGGAACAGGAACCGGUACUGGUGCCGGAACCAAUAAUGGCUCUGGAUCGGCACGUUGCAAUGUUGAUGGAUUCGUCGGUGGCAUCGAAACAUAUCUGGGGUUAAUUGGUUGGCGAAAGAAGUGCCUGUACACGCUGCUGUUGCUCCUAAUGCUCCUGAUUAUCACGAAUCUGGUGCUCACCCUCUGGAUACUCAAAGUGAUGGAGUUCUCAACGGAGGGCAUGGGUCAGCUCAAAAUCGUGCCCGGUGGCAUUCAGUUGUCGGGACAAGCGAUAAUUAUGGACAUGCUGCGCGCCUCCACGAUCCGUUCGCGUCACGGCCAGCCCCUUUCCAUAGAAUCAUCACGUAAUUUUUCAAUCAAUACACGUGACCCGAAUGGCAUGAUUGAGAAUCAUUUAUUUCUGGGACACGAUAAGUUCGAGUGCCUGUCGGCGGGAUUUCGCAUCAACGACACCAACGGACGGAGUUUGUUUUCGGUGAACCGGGAUGAGGUCACCAUCGGUGCCCAUUCCCUGCGGAUCGACGGCGAGGGCGGUGCCGUGUUCCGGGAAUCCGUCCAGACGCCACACAUCCGAGCGGAGCCGGGACGCGAACUGAGACUGGAGUCGCCCACCCGCCAAUUGGAGAUGACGGCCGCCAAGGACAUCAAUUUGCAAUCGCGGGCUGGCGGCAUCGAACUGGUGUCCCUCGAAGAUGUCAAGUUCCGAGCCUUGGACGGAAGUCUACGCCUGGAGUCCUCAAAGAUCCUGAUGCCGAAUUUAAGAACCGCCCAGCCACCUAUCAUGGGCACUGCCCAGAGCCGGGACCACAUGCAUCGUGUCUUCCAGCUGUGUGCCUGCUCCAGUGGCAAGCUCUUCCUGGCGGCGCCCCAUUCGAUAUGUGCCGGAGAUGAUUCCACCGUUUGCAGGUGAUUCCCAUCCCCCAGGAUCAGCAGCAGGAGCGAAGGAAGUAAGCCAGCCACCGGUCACCACCAGCCCCCCCCAAAAAAAACACACAUUAAUCGUUAAAUAUCCGCCAUAAACUGCUAUUUGUAACAUAGAUGAGAGGAAAACUUAGUGACAUAUAUACCCUGCAUCCUGCGUUCAUAAUUCUUUAGUAUAUCCUGGACGGAGGAGCUAGACGGGAGGAGUAUCCUCCGUCCGGUAUUCGAAGAACAAAAUCAAGAGCUUCUUAGACACUUGGAUGUUGUGUACUAGACUAACUAAACGAAAAGGCAAUUCAGAGACAUAGGCAUAUCCUUCAUAGACAUAUACCAAAAGAAUAUACACUUAAAAGAUAUAUAUAUAUCAAGGCACAGGCACUCGUAUUACUAUUAUAUGAUAUAAUAUCCGAUUUGUAGAUCGGGGCGGCAAGAAAAUCAGUGUAACUGUACUCAACUUCCUUGUGAAAGUGUGCCUACGAGAG